CUUGGUAGAUCUGCGAGACAGAAGACUCCCCAGUCUGUUGCGUUCUGAAAACCACAAAACAUAUAACAUCGAAUGGACAGACAAUGGAGUUGACCCCACAAAGAGUAAAAGACACGAGGCCUAUAUCCAACAGCUGUGUCAGGAUUUCACGGAGGAGAUUUCACAGAAGGUGAUGCAGGCCAUUGAGGACAGGAAGAGAACCGACCUGGCCAAACCUUUGUAUGCAGAGAUUGUGGAACACACAGUCUUCUGUCAGUCUAAAUGCAAAGCCUUCCAUGGACGACAGGAGACGCUAGACCUCGUAACGAAAUACCUCCAAGGAACGUCCAGAACUCCUUUCAUUGUACACGGACCCUCAGGGUGUGGGAAGACAUCUAUCGUUGCCAUGGCAGCUACUUUAGCACAACAAAGCUUUAGCAGCAAGACUGGGGUGGUUAUAAGGUUCAUUGGAACUACUCCGGACAGUUCAACCAUUGGUGCCUUGUUGUCCAGUGUGACGUCACAGAUUUGCAGGAUUUAUGGAGAAGAGAUAGAAGAUGAACUUCCUGCUGAUACAAAGGAACUGACCAAAAUAUUCCACGAGACUCUGAAUUUGGCCACCAGUGAUGAGCCUUUGGUCCUCCUGCUGGACUCACUUGAUCAGUUUGACCCAGCAGGGGGCGCUCGCCAACUCUUCUGGCUACCGAAACAACUCCCCGACAAUGUGAAGAUGAUCUUGUCAACGUUACCAGAACCUCAGUAUGAGAGCUUUCCUCGUUUACAGGAAAUGUAUUCUGAAAGGGACAAUUUCCUUAAAGUGCCAAAGCUCGCAGACAAAGACGUUGAGGGCAUUCUUACCAAAUGGUUGGAUGUGGGUCGUCGUGAUCUGACGGAACAACAGAGACAAACCGUCCUUGGGGCUUUCCAGAAGUGUCCACUUCCUUUGUUCCUGAAACUGUCAUUUGAUGAGGCAUGUCGAUGGUCAUCCUUUGCACCCCAGUCAGAGACAACUCUCCAAACAUCCAUUCGUGGAAGUAUCAACGCCCUGUUUUCAAGGGUUGAAGCACUUCAUGGAAAAAUCUUUGUGUCAAGAGCUUUAGCAUAUCUAACGUUGAGUAAGUAUUAG